AGCAGCUAGAAAAUCAGCACUGAAGAAGAAAACGUUUUUCUCCACCAGUAGAGAGUAUUAUUGGGUAACUAGUCAGAAGCUUUAUAAGUGGACCAGAAAGUGAGGAGAAUCAGAUUUCUGAACCAUGGAAGACUGCUUCAGGAGCAAACAAGGUCUGUGUUUUUUACUCUUCCUCUGUGUGACUGAUGUUCUGUGUGUCUCAAUUCAUUAUUCUGUGCCUGAAGAGAAGAAAAGUGGGUCUCUGGUGGCUAAUAUUUUGAAAGAUUUGAAAUUGAGUAUCAGGGAGCUCUCUGAUCGCAGAGCCCAGCUAGUCUCCAAAAGUUCUAAGCAGUAUUUCCAUCUUGAUGCCCACUCUGGGUCUCUACUCAUAAAUGAGAAAAUAGACAGAGAGGCUCUGUGUGGUCAGAGUAACCUUUGCUUAUUGCAGAGUGAAAUUGUGCUCCAAAACCCUUUAGAGUUCUAUACUAUUGAAGUGAAGGUGGAAGAUGUAAAUGACAAUGCUCCCAAAUUUUCCCAAAAUGAUUUUCAGCUGGAAAUCCCUGAGAAUGUUCCCCCAAAUACAAGAUUCCCCUUGGAAUCUGCUCAAGAUGUGGACUUGGGAGAAAACAGCAUCCAGAACUACACCCUGAGUCCCAAUGAGUAUUUCAGACUUGAAACAGAAAGCAGUGAUGGAAGAAAAGCUGUUGAUCUUAUUUUGGAGAAAUCUCUAGAUAGGGAAAAAGAACCACAUUUGGAGCUAAUACUUAUGGCGUUGGAUGGAGGGGUACCUCAGAGGACUGGUACUAUUAAAAUAAAAAUUAAUAUUCUAGAUAAUAAUGAUAACUUCCCUCAAUUUAUUCAGACUGAAUACAAAGUAAGAUUAAAGGAAAAUAGUCCUCGGGAUACUCUUGUCACCAAAGUGGAAGCCAGAGAUUUGGAUUUUGGUUCAAAUGCUCAGAUCACCUACUCCUUCCAUCGAGUGCCAGAAGCAAUACCUAAUUUGUUUAAUUUGAAUGAAGUGACUGGAGAAAUCACUGUUUUGGGAGAAAUUGAUUAUGAGAAGGAAGCACGUUAUGACAUGAACAUCAAAGCAACUGAUGGAGGGGGCCUUUCCGGACACUGCCAUGUCUUUGUAGAGGUUGAGGAUGUGAAUGACAAUGCACCAGAGCUUUCAGUCAUAUCCCUUACUGACAUAAUCCAAGAGGAUUCUCCCCUGGAUACAGUGGUUGGGCUCUUCAGUAUUACAGAUCGUGACUCUGGUGACAAUGGCAAAACUGUGUGCUCUGUUCAGAUGAACCUUCCCUUUGCAUUAAGAAGCACCAAGAAUAACUACUACCAGCUUAUGAUCCAGAGCUCUCUGGACAGAGAGAGGGUCCCUGAAUAUAAUGUCACCAUCACAGCCUCAGACCAGGGGUCUCCUAGGCUCACUUCAACAAGAAUUAUCCAUGUUCAGAUAUCAGACAUCAAUGACAACACUCCAGUGUUUGAAAAGACUUUUUUUGAAAUGAGGUUACAAGAAAAUAAUAUUCCUGGGCUGCUAAUUGGCUCAGUUCAUGCUGUUGACCUAGACAUGGAGCAGAAUGGCAAAGUAAGUUACUCGCUUUUGCCUGGAGAACUCGGUGGUAGCCCUGCAGCCUCUUACGUCUCCAUCAACUCUGAAACUGGAAACAUGUAUGCCCUCCGAUCUCUGGACUAUGAGCAAAUAAAAGAUUUCAAAGUCACAGUGAGGGCUACAGAUGGUGGUACUCCUCCUCUGAGCUCUGAUGUUGUUGUGCGAGUUGUGGUUGCAGAUGAAAAUGACAACGCUCCCUUCUUCCUCUACCCUCUUCAAAAUAGCACAUCGCCCUGCAAUGAGCUCCUUCCCAAGAUGGCAGAGGCUGGAUAUCUGGUCACCAAAGUGGUGGCUGUGGAUCGAGAUUCUGGUCAGAACUCUUGGCUUUCCUAUGAACUUCUGAAGGCCACAGACCCAGGCCUUUUCAGCAUAGGAGCCCAGAAUGGAGAGGUGAAAACCAGGAGACCACUGACUGAGCGAGACUCAAGCAAACAGAGGCUCAUUAUUGCUGCCAGAGACAAUGGUGUCCCUCCUCAGACCAGCACUGCAACACUCAAUGUACUUCCAGUGGAUGGCUUUUCUGAUCCUUAUCUGAAGGUGGUGGAUGUGCGUCAACAGGAGCAUGAAGAUGAGGGCACCUUGACCAUGUAUUUGGUGAUUUGUCUGGCAUCCGUCUCUUCUGUGUUUCUACUUUGCAUUAUUUCCUUUGUUGUUAUUAAAUCCUGCAAGAAAGACCCAGGUGGCACUUUUAUUGCUGCCCCUCCUCACUUUCCUCCUUCCAGGCCUGAUAUCCCAGAGAACUGUACUGAUUCUCAGAGUGGGUCACUUUCCAGGAAUUAUCAGUACGAUGUUUGCUUAACUGGUGGAUCUUUAAGCAGUGACUUCAGAUUUCUUCGGCCUCUCAUUCCUGUGUUUUCUGUGGCGGAUCCAAAUAUCCCUGUGAUCCACAAGACCCCUCCUGGUUCUCAAGACCUAUCACAUUCCCUGGAAGAUAAUGAAUCAAAGGAACAGGUAAGAGAAUAUAAAGAAUUAUUCCAUGUGCUAGUUAACUAG